AUGCAUCCCCGGCGCAGUGCCCAGGACGUCCUACUGUGUGACCUCUGUAAAACUGCCCCCCUACAGAGUCACUGUAAACUUUGUCAUAUAAAUCUCUGUGUUAUCUGUGUCGGUAAACAUCUUUCCGAUUCCUCUAAAGAUCACAAUGUCGUGCCCUUUAUAAAACACAUCAAGUCUACCCCUAACUACCCAAAAUGUCCGAAACACACCGACAAACAUUGUGAAAUGUUCUGUGAGAAAUGUGACAUUCCUGUCUGUUCUACCUGCGUCACCUCAGGUGAACAUGAAGGUCACAAAUUUUCAGAUGUUAUGAAAAAACUCGGAUCUAAAACAGAAAGUUUACAAAAAGAUUUAGAGGAACUCGAGACCAGAAUUUACCCGCAAUAUGAAGAAAUGGCGUCCGGUGUCCAAACUGAGAAAGCCGAGUUAGAAACGAAUUACGGGAAACUGACAACAGCCGCCGAUCAACAAGGAGAAAUCUUACACCGGGAGAUUACCGCCAUUGUCAACAAGAGGAAAUCCGACAUUGCGGAGAUGAAAAACAAACACCUGGCCGCUCUCAAUAAAAAUACAGAUGAAAUUACAAACCGAAUUACAGAACUCAGACAGAUCAUUCAGGACCUGAAGAAAAUACUGGACUCCAAUGACGUCUCCUUAACCUCAUCUUACAAAUCUAGGAAUUCCGAAUUUAGAACAUUACCGCCUAAAGUCCGAGUCACAUUACCGAGUUUCUCUCCUCAGAAAAUAAACAAAGAUCAGCUCAAUGAAAUGUUCGGUUCUCUGUCGCCAUUAUCCAUUAACACAGAACAUGGCGACACAAUGAAGUCAGCAGAAGCUGUAUCGUCUCCUCCAGUCAAACCAUUACUUGAUGAGCCGCGCCUCACCGCCACCAUAGACACUGGGUAUAGACCAUUCAGUGUUAGCUGUCUGAGUGAAGAUCAAGUCUGGACACGCGGGAAUAACGAAAUCAUGAAGCUCCUCAACCUCCGGGGUAAACUACUGACAUCAAUAAAAACCAAGUCAGGGAACUAUCCAACAGACAUAGCAGUGACACGGGACGGAGAUCUUGUUUAUACUGACUAUCAUGAUAACACUAUAAACUUAGUUAGGAAUAAACAGAUACAGACCGUGAUCACACUACAGGGGUGGUACCCUCUCAAUGUCUGCUGUACCGCCUCUAACCAUCUCCUGGUUACCAUGGAGAGUGAUGAUGGAGAACAAUACAAAGUCGUGCGUUACUCCGGCUCCACAGAGAAACAAAGCAUUCAGUUUGAUGAUCAGGGUCGUCCUCUCUACUCAUCUGGUGAUUACAGUAAAUACCUCAGUGAGAACAGGAACCUGGAUAUCUGUGUGGCUGACCGGUCAGCUAGUGCAGUAGUGGUGGUCAAUCAGUCAGGAAAACUCCGAUUUAGAUACACUGGUCAUCCCUCUAAUACCGAGCAAUCAUUUGAUCCAGUCGGCAUCACUACAGACAGCCAGAGUCACAUCCUGACAGCAGACCACUACAAUCACCGUAUCCACAUCCUAAAUCAGGACGGACAGUUCCUCCGCUACAUUCACUGUGGUUUAUGCUGGCCAUGGGGUUUAUGUGUGGACAUCAGAGACAACCUCUUUGUGGCUGAUGGAGAUAAGAAAGUGAAGAAAAUUCAAUAUCUAUAAACACAGUGUUAAUUACAGAUCUCAGCACGGUGUUAAUUACAGCUCUACAAAGUGUUAAUUACAUUUCUAAACACAGUGCAAUGUACAGCCUUGUGUUAAUUACAGUGUCAUGUUAAUUACAGUUCUGUGUUAAUUACAGUUCCUUGUUAAUUACAGCCCUGAGUUUGUGACAUGUAAUUAACAUGUUCUUGUGUUUGUGUGUGUAAGGAUAGAACACUAGUCUCUCACUGCUGUUUAGUAAUUAUACCUUACAAUAUCUGUAUUAUAAUUAAUGAGACACUGUUAAUCUUAGUAUACUAAUUACAUGUACUUAUCUAUUGACACAGUAGUUGUGUACUUGUGUUUGUGUGUGUAAGGAUAGAACAUUAGUCUCUCACUGCUGUUUAGUAAUUAUACCUUACAAUAUCUGUAUUAUAAUUAAUGAGACACUGUUAAUCUUAGUAUACUAAUUACAUGUACUUAUCUAUUGACACAGUAGUUGUGUACUUGUGUUUGUGUGUGUAAGGAUAGAACAUUAGUCUCUCACUGCUGUUUAGUAAUUAUACCUUACAAUAUCUGUAUUAUAAUUAAUGAGACACUGUUAAUCUUAGUAUACUAAUUACUAAUUUGACUGUAUUACUAGUUAUUUAUCUCCAUGCAAUCUUUUAAACACAUGUGAAUCACGGACUACAAUUUAGUGAAUGCAUUAAAAUUAGUUAUUGUGAAGUACUUAGGAAUUUCUCCUUGUCAGUAAUUAUUUUGGCCCAAUUACUAAUUUGACUGUGUUAGCAUUUAUUCAUCUAUCUAUAUUAAAUCUUUUGAACACAUGUUUUAUAAUCAAUUAAUUCAAUGAAAGUAAAUCAAUUAUUGUGAUGUACUAAGAAAUUCUAUUUAGUGUGUAGCCUUGAAUUAUAGUACAUCCACUAGUGAGUACUUACAUGUAAUUAAUUGAAUUGAAUUCUAUAGCCUUGAAUUAUAGUACAUCUAGUACUGAGUACUUACAUGUAAUUAAUUGAAUUGAAUUCUGUAUCCUUGAAUUAUAGUACAUCCACUAGUGAGUACUUACAUGUACCAUUACUUGUUUUUGUGUGAUGAACAGCUAACAGAACAUUAUUUUGUGAAUUAUUGUAUUCAUUAUCUGUACUAUAUAACUGUGUAUAUAUAAACACUAUUUAGAGUACAA